GCACAUUGCUCCCUUGGCGCUCCGGGCUCAAGGAACGUGUAUGCUACGCGAAGUUGCACGUUGCAAGGGCACCGAGGUGUAGCAGGUAGAGUGACCCCUACUUAUCUGAUCUACUGCGGUCCUUGUUUACAGGUGUGCAAACGGCGAUCAUGAUAAACAACGCAACGGCGCCUGCAUUGCUACUCUGAUGUCAAGCGACACGCCCGCACCACGGUCAAUUCCAGUUGCUCCGCCUCUGGAGCAGUACCUCAUCGCUUUGCGCGAUGCCAUUACCCACAGGCCUCCUUACUGUCAGGGCACCAUUCCUCUUCCAGCAGAUGCCUUCACGCUGUUCUAUGGCAAAGACGCAAGCGCACGUCGCAUAAACCUGGCACACGCGUCCCCCGACGAGUUGCAACACCUCGCAGAGACAUGCGAUCCUGCGACCUUCGGAAUGGGUCAGAAGGACGUGUACGACGAGACGUACCGCAAAGCUGGGAAGCUCGACGCGUCUGAUUUCGCGCUCAAGUUCUCCACGGAGGCCCUCGGCCUACUGGACGCCGUGCACGCCGAGCUCCUCGUAGAGGGCGGAAAGAAGGCCACAGACGCUAUCCGCGCGGAGCUGUACAAGCUGAACGUCUACGGACCACAGUCGUUCUUCAAGGCGCACGUCGACACCCCGCGCAGCGAGCUCAUGUUCGGCUCCCUCGUGCUCGUGUUCCCGACCCCGCACGAAGGCGGCGCACUCGUGCUCCGCGAACGCACAGAAGAGAAGACCCAGGAGUGGACGUUCGACUCCGCCGCGCACCUCGCGGAGGCCCGCUCGCCGUCCCUCGCCUACGUCGCGUUCUACAGCGAUGUCGAGCACGAAGUCAUGCCCGUCCAAUUCGGGCAUCGCGUGACCAUCACGUACAACCUGUACCACAUCCAGGACGCCCCCACCGCCCCGCCCCCUGCAGCGCACCCCGUCGCACCGCACGAAGCCCCAUUCCGGGACGCGCUAGAGCGCCUCCUCCGCGAUCCGGUGUUCCUGCCCGAAGGCGGAAACCUCCUGUUCCCUCUGCGCCACCAAUACCCCCUCUCGACGUCCCCCAAGACGGACUCGGAAGGGCGCUCGGCGCUGCGCGGCGUCGCCGCGCGCCUCAAGGCGAGCGACGCGCUCGUGCUGCACACCGCCCGCGCGCUGGCCCUCGACGCCGCGCCCCGGAUAGUGUACGAGGACCGCAGCAAGUACUGCGGGGUGCAGCACGUGAUGUGCGACCGCGUCGUGCGGCUGGAAGAUGUAAAGCCGUGGGUCGAGCGGCCGCUGCACGAGCACCUGAUGCGCGAGGCGCGCGGGGUCGUGCUGAACCCGGAUGGGCAGUUGGAGGGGUGGCUGGAGGGCGAGGUGGGGAAAGUUGCGAAGGUGCAUUGGGUGGGGGCGGGAGCGGGGGAAGGGGAUGCGGAGUGGCGGGUGGGUGCGGCGAGGACGACGUAUUUGGCGUAUGGGAACGAUGCGGAUGUUGAGCAUACGUAUUGGAAGGUCAGUUUGCUUGUUAGGGUCGGGCCGGCGGGGAGGAGGGAGACUGCGACUUGAGUUGCGCGUAUUGGUGAGUGUUUCGGUCUCAUAGGUCCUUGGUGCAUGAAUAAAGUAAC